CCGAUCAUGCAUUAAGCUCAUCCACGAAAGUCAUUGUAAAUACACAGAACGGUUGCGAAUCACCAGAGACUGAAAAGCCGACUUUCAACCAGCAGCUAAUCUCGGAGACAAUCUGCGCCCGAGCCACCUACAGGAUGUUAAACUACAGCCCCGUGUACCCGACCAAUGUGCAGGUCGACGACGGCGUCAAGGACUUCAUCACCAAGUUCUACGGGGUGUCGGACACGCCGGGCAAGAACCAGGAGUGGCUCGACUUUUUCCACCAUGACGCAACGCUCGUGAUGGGGCUACAGGAGGCAACGGGCAAGACGGACAUCCUCAAGGUGCGCGAGGGCAUGUGGGAGAAGGUGCAGGCGCGCAAGCACACGGUGUACCAGGUGUUCCCGGCCACGUUCAACGGCGCGGGCGGCGCAGGCGGCGCAGGCGGCGGCAACGAGGUCGAGCUCAUGCUGUACGGGGACGUGGUCUACAAGCUGAAGGGGGGGCCCGAGGGGGAGGAGGCCAAGGUGGACUGGGCCGGGCGGGCGAGGCUGACGCGGGCUGCCGAGGGCGGGGAGUGGAAGUUUGCGUAUUAUCGUGUUUACCUCCAGAGGUGA